AGCAGGUGAACAUCGCGUCAUGGCAGCAAACUUAGAUGAAGAACAAAGUUUGCGGGAGUGUGAAUCGUACGUUCAGUGUCAUAACAUUCAGCAAAUCUUGAAAGAAUGCAUUGUGCAGUUGUGUGUUAAUCGUCCCGAGAACCCAAUAUCGUUUCUACGAGAAUACUUCACGCAAUUGGAUUUGGAACAUGAGAGUCGACUGAAACUUAGCGAAGCAACUGCCGCCGUGUCUCCGGACGAUACAGAAGAUUUAUCACCGAUGCCUGCUCCGUUGCGGCAGCCUCGGAGAGGAGCUUUCUCGGCCGAACCCAUUUCAGAGGAGGAUGCUACAACCUACGUGAAAAAGGUUGUCCCCAAGGAUUACAAGACUAUGGCCGCGUUAACGAAGGCACUUGCCAAAAACGUUCUUUUCGCUCAUUUGGACGAAAAUGAGCGUUCGGACAUCUUCGAUGCGAUGUUUCCAGUCACCGCUAUCGCAGGCGAAGUUAUCAUCCAGCAGGGAGAUGUCGGAGACAACUUCUACAUCAUUGACCAUGGCGAAGUGGAAGUUUAUGUUAAUGGUGACAUGGUGACAACGAUUGGAGAAGGCGGCGGUUUCGGGGAACUCGCGUUGAUUUAUGGUACUCCUCGUGCGGCUACCGUUAAAGCACGGAGUGAAAACGUGAAGCUGUGGGGUAUCGAUCGUGACUCGUAUCGAAGAAUUUUGAUGAAGUCUACGAUUAGGAAACGGAAGAUGUACGAGGAAUUUCUAUCGAGAGUUCCAAUACUGGAGAGUUUGGAUAAGUGGGAGCGACUGACAGUGGCUGAUGCCCUUGAACAAGUCAGCUUCGAAGAUGGUCAAAGGGUUGUGAAACAGAAUGACCCUGGCGAUGACUUCUUCAUUAUCCUCGAAGGAACUGCUGAAGUGAUGCAGCAGCGAAGCCCGCAUGAAGACCCCAUAACUGUGGGCAAACUUUCGACUUCCGAUUAUUUUGGAGAGAUCGCUCUUCUGUUGGACCGACCCCGAGCUGCUACAGUCGUCGCUCGCGGGCCUCUAAAAUGUGUCAAACUCGACCGCGCACGCUUCGAGAGGGUGAUGGGCCUGUGCGCAGACAUCCUGAAGAGGAAUAUCCAGUUGUACAACAGCUACAUUUCGCUGUCCCUGUGAAUCAGAAACAGCCGCAUUUUCCUUGAUGUAUCCUCCGCAUGAUAAACCUAACUUUUAGCCCUGGCUGAAUGAGUGAAUCUGCUUUCUGUUGCUCGUGGGUGAGAUGGUAGCGCCCUGAAAUGUGCUCAGGCAUUUCUGAUAUUCUAGGUGACAUCGGCUCGUGUUGGAAAGGAAGCAAGAAACCGAGAGAACGAAUCGAUGAUCAACGGAAUGCGGUUUUGGAACUUAAAGCACUCUAGGUCUUGCCCCCCGAAAUUUUUUUAUGGAAGUGGUGGUUUUUAGCAUUUUUCGCGGCGUAUGAGCCAAGAAAUGCGUGUGAUUGAUCGGAAAAAACAUUCAAUACUGUUUUUCCUUGCGCGAACGUGCGCUCCAUGCUUGAUGGAAUAUUGUCUGUUGAGUUCUUCUCUAUCUCUCGAUGUGCUUUCAGCAUUUAAUCCACCGGGGCUUCACGAAAACGUAUCGCUGUCUUCUUGUGCGGUACUAAUUCAACACCACGGAUAACUUGAGUAAAUUUGUUGUCCCUGUUUCCCGUACUUCGGCGUGGGAAACCCGUUUCCUCCCGAUAUUGUUGAAGUUCAGCAUCGAAUGUAUUUCACCGGAUCUGUUCGACGUCUUAUUUUGUCGAGUACCGUAUUUACGCGAAUGUGAAACGCGAUGAUUUUUCCUAUUUUGACCCAGAAAAAUCGGGACAUUUUGAAAUCGUUAUCGACGUAGAUUUGCAUGGAAAAUCCCGGGGUGGUCCAAGAAAGUGUCCUUCUUCGAAUGAUGCACUUGACAUCAUGUUGGAAACUUCUCACCGCUAAGGACAGGGUUUUGAGUAUGGUUAAAAAUGAUCACUGCAUGCGGACAUUUUAAUUCUGAGCAUUUCUUUUUUUAUCUCUCAGUGAUUUGGUAAUGUUGCUGUCAAUUACAAGAUGAUAGCCUUCAUUUGUAGUUCAUAAUGCAUCUCACUUCGUUUCACAAAUUUUGGUCCACUCUGAACAGGAAAUUUUCUGUCGCACAAUUGAGCGUCUCAUUUUUCCUCCUGAAAUUACUGAAGCCUCGUGUUCGCGUAAAUGCGUGUCUUGUUCUUUUAAUUCAAUUACAGUACUUGACGAGGAAAACUUGGGAAUCUAUGUUCAGUGUUUCGAAAAUUAUUUGGAGUUUGUCUGCCAUUUGUUCAAAUGUGCAGUGACGCUUAGGUUUCCGUGUCUAUCCUCGACAAAUUCUAGCAUUGAGUCCACGUUUUAUCUGACUGGUUUAUUAGGAGUAAGUAGUAUCUGAUGACUACUUAUCAGACCUGGGAUUCCAUUGAUUGUCUUCAUUUCUUGGAAGUGGGAUUAGAACACGUCUUUUUUAUUUGCCGGAAUGAACACUUUUUUUUUUUUCUAAGAAAUUGAGUGAUUCCGUUCCGUAAUGUUCAUGAUUAUGGACAUCAGUAUCUUUGAUGUGAGUGUUUCCCCAAGGACAGAAAACACUAAUCGGGGAUGAAUAUUUGGUCAUAAUCGGUGUUUGACCCGUGUUUUCAUCUUCCUUCGGCGAUCGGUUUUGAAGCGAAUACCUUGAACUUGUGUGCUGAACAGAAACCGUGCUUUGAGUAUGUGUUUGACAAAAGAUGAAAUGGAUGUUGGAAGCGGAUAAAUAAUCGUGAGGCAGGGAGGGAUUCGGGGCGAUUACGGAUGCAAGUGAAUAAUACGCCUUUUUACCACUA